UACACAAACUGUGCGGGCGGAGUCGGCUCCGAGGAGCGCGGGGGAAGGAAGGAGCGCGGCGCGCCAGCGACCCUCUGCGCAUGACCGCCUCUGGUUGCCUAGGCAGCGGGACGGAGUCGCCCGGAAGAGCUUCCCUUAAGGAACUGCCGCCUCCUAAAACUCAUCCCCGAGGGGCUCGGGACUGACCAGUUCCUGAGGCAGUCUUGACCACGGCAAAGCAGAUGAGGCGCAGAGCCUGAUGCAAUGUGAUGGCCAUCCGCCUAGAAGCCGAAGGAUUCAGAUAAACAGGGGGAAUUGGCCCCAGCGGACACCGGGACUAUGGCAGACUUUUCUGAGACCUUGGAGUCCUUGACUGAUGAGGUAAAGAGUUCCGGUUCAUUCAGUUCCUCUGGAGGACUGCAGCCCUGGUCUUACGCCUCUGGGAGCAAGUCUGAGAGUGGAUCGCUGCCUUCACGCUCCGAAUAUGGAGACAACCAAUCUGAGCUUUCAGACUUCAAAGCUAAUGUAAAGAAAUUGAGCAGAAAAUGGAUCCAUAACCUCAAGGGCAAGGAAACGAACUCUGAACAGUACCGACCAGACACUAAACAUCAAACAGACAUCACUCAGGUAUCCCUUGAAGAAUUGAAUGCCCUGCAGUCUUUUUGCACCAUUAAGGUAAACCUGAUCCACCACAGAGCGAACUCUAAGGAGAAAAAGAGCAGCAGACACAAAAAGCUGCAGCUUGGACCCGAGGCCGAGGCUCCAGAGGUAGAUGCCUUAAAGUGUACUGUCCCUGACGAGCUUUUGAAUAGAAUCUAUUUUAAAAACAUGAGGACAACAUCCAAACAGGUGGGAACAGCUAAGCAACAUAUUUCUUCUCGGUGUCCCGACUGUAUCAGAAAAAGGGCAGAACUAGCCCAAGCUGCCUUCCUGAGACAGAAGAAGACUUUGCUGGAGUCACUUCUACUCCAAGAGAAAAUAGAUGAACAUCUUCAUACGAAAGACUUCCUUACCCUCAUCAGAGAAGCACACCAGAGCCUUCCCAGGCUUUCAGAUGACCCCAGAAGAAUCUGGGAAAGGCUGAAUGAGAAACGUAAAAUUGGAUACUCUGGUUUUUUGAAAGGUCAGAUAUAAAGCAGAAAAUGUAGCAGAAUGGAACUAGUGCUUGUUAUUCACCUUUUUGUCUGCUUAUUGGCAAACCUCUUAUUCUUAACCAGACAGGGGGUGGUGUUUAUUAAUGAUAAUGUGUCAUGUGGGUAAAUGUUUCUGUUGUGUAUUUGAAUAAUUAUCAUCUCUAUAAUAGGGGUGGAGCGGGCAUGCAGCAUAUAGCACCCAAUCCUUAGCAUCGCCACCGUUAUUGGGAGACCCUGAGAAGAGCAGUUAUAAGGUCCCUCUCUGCCUGUGGUCACACCCCAGUGCCCAUCGUGGCAGAGUGUGGGGUGCGAAGCAGUCACAGGGUGUGCCUGGGGACAGGCUGACGGCUGCCCUGUAGAGCCCCAGAAGCCUCGCAUGGCCUCCUAACUGGCCAGGCCCAGGCCUUAAAGGAGCAGUGAACCUCUUCUCCAUCCCCACCUCUGGAACUGUGGUCUCCAUGCCUGGCAGUUCAAGGAGGCCUCAGCAACUGGAGUAAAUGGGGAAUUCUGCAACUCAGGUAAUAGCUUCAACCAGCUUCAGUCUCUCUGUUCAAGUUUCAGAAACUGGUCUAGCUUAGAUGAGUUGUCUAUUCUGAGGAAGUGGCCAGAGGUCAGGGAUAAUUUGCACAGACAUAGAACAUCUACUUCAGGUCCACUGCUGUGGUUGGGUCUCUUUUCAAAGAAGGGCAAUUGUUGUGAGCUAGGAAUUCACAUGAUUGGUAAUUGCUACAGCACAUAUUCCUGUCAAUUCUAAACAAAUGAUUCUCUCCAAUUUAAAUGAGAGGCCUGAGAACCAGUUGGGCCCUGGGUUCCCAGCUGGGCAGGGACCAGAGACUUAGCCAAGAGGGUGCCUGUCAGCUAAGAUCUGCCUCCUUUACUGGGCCUGGGCCCUGCGGGAGGACCCAGACUGGGUGUAGGACAAGUGCGUCAGGCAAUUAUUGGCCUCUGCAAGGAUCACCCUCCUUUUAGCCAAGCCUGGACCUCAGUGGGUGAAAGUUGAGCUUUGGAAUCUUGCCUUUUAUUGUCUGAACUGAGAAUAACAUUUAUUUUGGUGAAGGUUAAUGGGGAACACCUUGAGCCAUGGACCAGACCUCAGGAACAAAGGAUCUGCCACUAACAAGUUUGUAACAACUAACACACCCUCCCUCACCUUUCCUAUUAAAGGGAUUUGUUGAAAGCUUUGGGGGCAUUAUGGGGUUCUUAAGGCAUGGCCCUACAAUAAACCGUUCUAUGCGCCAAACUCUUAAUGUUUUAAUAUCCUUUGGCCUCACUGUGUGUGGGCACAUGGACCUGCAUUCUAUAACAUUUCUAGUCACUUUGGAAACAAGAGUUUACUAUUCUUCCCUCACAGAUUUAAGGACUAAAGCUUUCCACCCAGUGUUUUUUCAUAUUAUCAAAGGCAACAUUUUAGUUGAAAGAGUUACGAAGUUUUUAUAACAAUCCAGGAGAGAGAUACUAGCAUUUUGGAUUAGGAUUUUGACUAUACAGGUAGAAAGAAAAACAGAGAUCUAACAAAGAUUUAGAAGGUAAUACGGGCAUUCUUUGGUGAAGAAAUGAAUAUAGGGGUUUCAGUUCAGUUCAGUUCAGUUGCUCAGUCAUGUCCGACUCUUUGCGACCCCAUGAAUCGCAGCACGCCAGGCCACCCUGUCCAUCACCGACUCCCGGAGUUCACUCAAACUCAUGCCCAUUGAGUUGGUGAUGCCAUCCAGCCAUCUCAUCCUCUGUUGUCCCCUUCUCCUCUUGCCCCCAAUCCCUCCCAGCAUCAGGGUCUUUUCCAAUGAGUCAGCUCUUUGCAUGAGGUGGCCAAAGGACUGGAGUUUCAGCUUCAGCAUCAGUCCUUCCAAUGAACACCCAGGGCUGUAUAGGUGUUUAGUAAAAUGUAAAUGUUAAGAAUGUGACUAAGUUUCUGACUUGUACAUUUGUAUGAUAUGAUAAUUUCAUUGAGAUAGGAACAGUGGAAGAGGAUGAUGUUUGAUUAAGGCAAUUAUUUGGACGUGGUUAGUUUGAGAAAUAUUUGGGACAUUCACAUUGAGAGGUUGACGAACAUUUGGUUAUUUGUGCUUGUGAUCUGAAGACAAGGUCUAACCUAGAGAUUGAAGUAAAGGGUUGAGGGGGAGGGGAUCACUGGAAGAUACUGUAGUUAGAAAUUGAAGUCAUAGAUGUGGUGAGCUCUUCUCGAAGAAAAUAGAAUGAGAAGAGAAGAAAGGCUAUGACCAACUCUUGAGAAAUUUACCAAUUAGUGGCUGGGUAGAGGAGAAUAAGGUUUCCCUGAUGGCUCAGUGGUAAAGAACCCGUCUGCCAAUGCAGGAGAUGUGGGUUUGAUUCUUAGGUCGAGAAGAUCCCCUGGAGUAGGAAAUGCCAGUCCACUCCAGUAUUUUUGCCUGGGAAAUCCCAUGGACACAGGAGCCUGGCAGGGUACAGUCCACGGGGUUGCAAAAGAGUUGGACACAACUUAGCAACUGAACAACAGCAGCAACAGAGGAGAAUAAGCCAGCAAAGGAGAUUGAGGAGGAGUCAUCCUAGAAUAAAGGAAAACAGCAAAGUGUCGUGUCAGAGAGCAAAGAGAGAGAUUUCAAGGACGGGCUGUCGAAGCAUGCCAACCCAACAGAGUUCACGGGAGAUAGUUUAGUCACAUAUUGGCCUCUUGGACUUAACAGCAGUCCCUUCACUCUUAGAAUCUGGGCAGACUGACAAAGCAGAUUGAGGAGUAAAUGUAAGCUAAGGACAUGAGGAAUAUGGGUACAGACCUUUUUUUAAAAAAAAAAAAAAAACUUGAAAAGCUCCUUUAUUUUUAGGACAGUUAAAAUAUCAGGUAGCAUAAAGGACUGAUCUAGUGCCCCCUUGUAUUUUGUCCAAAUCAUGAUUAACAACAGCCCAAUUAUGUUAUGAAUGCUGCUUAUUUCUUAAAUUCUGAGUAAUUUCUUACAUUCUGAGUAAAUGUCACCAGUUUUCUAGAUGACUUAAAAAUUGAUACUAGUCUUAUUUUCAAAGGAAGUGGUAUGUCGACUUCUUGAAGUUUAGCUGUGGAAGGAGAGCGGAGAUAAUUUUUCUACAUGUCUUUACACCUAACCUAUAAUAAUCAAAAAUUUGUAAAAAUCAGCAAAAAAUAGCCUUUGUAUCAUAUUUCAAUACUUCAAUACUAGUCUUUGCCUUUAGACCUUCAUUUAUGUAUAAACAUGCUCCUUUUUUUCUAUAAAAUUUAUUGUAUUUCUCUUAGUCAUUCCUAGAUAAAAUGGGAAAUGAAAUCAUUACCAUUUUCAUGGUAACAUUUUAUUUGAAAUCCACACUAUGUCAUGCUUUAUCUUUGCCAUAUUAGUAUAAAAAAUUCUGAAUUAUUUUCCUAUUAAGGGUCAUAAUUCAUCCCUUCAGUCAAUUAAGUCUUCCAGUCCAUGCACAAGAGAUUUUAAAUUUUGUUUAGGUCUUUAAUUUUGAAAGAAGUGUUUGUGCAAACAAGUUAUGUGCUUACAAGUGUUUGUGCAUGUAAGUUAUGUGCUUCCUUUAUUCCUAAGUAUUUUACUCCAUUGUUUGCUAUAGUAAAUCGAUUUUUUUCCAAUUCAUUUUCUUUUUGGAUGUUCUUUGCUAGUGUGUAGAAAUACAACUGAUUUUUGCCUGUUGAUUUUGUAUCUUGAAACUGCUCAGUUUAUUGAUUUGCACUAACAGUUUUUAAGAAAAUGGAUUCUUUCGAGUUUUAGAGCUAGAAGAUUUUGUCAUUUGUAAACAGAGAUAAUUUUACUUCUUGCUUUUGAUUUGGACACUUUUUUUUUUCUUGCCUAAUUGCCCUGGCUCUAAUUUCCAGUACUGUAAUGAAUUGAAGUAGUGAAGUGAACAUCCUUAUCUUAUUUCUGAUCUUAGGGGAAGAGCUUUCAGUUUUUAACCACUGAGUAUGUUUGUGGGUUUUUCAUAAAUGGCCUUUUUCAUUUGAAGUAAGUUCCUUUCUAUUCUUAGUUUAUUGAAUGUUUUUGUAUCAUAAAGGGGUAUUUCAUCAGUUGAGAUGAUCAUGUAGUUUGAUGUACUCUUUAACCCAUUCUCAUGCCUCACCUUCUUUGCACUCAGCCCAUAACCUUGAAACACUGACUAAUCAGAAUUAAAUGUUGUAGUCUGUAUGCUAAAGCACUAAUAUAAAUUUAUAACACUUGUGUCUUAAUAAUCUUUUCUUUCUUACUUGAUUUGAACAACUGGAGCUUGUUCCAUCUUAUACACUUAGAGGUUCCAUCUUAUACAGUAUCCAUGGGACUUAGCACAAUGCCUGACACAGGAUGGUGUUCAAGAAAAGUUUCAAUGAUGGAAAAACAAGUACAUCCAAAUAAUGAGAUUUAAUAUGUCUUUUGCAUCAGAACAAGAAAAUAAUCUGCUAGUGUUUUGUCUUUGUGUAGCUAUUUUUUAUAAUUGUUCUCUUUCUCUCCAUGGCUUGGAUUCCUUUUUAUCAUAUACAUUCAUACUUUUUCUCAGUGGCAAAUUAGUGCAACACUUUUUGAUAUCUUUUCAUAUGCAGCCAAUUAAUACAGUAUUCAUUUAAAAUAAUAUAAAAAUAUCUCUCUCUGGAAUUCAUGUUUUCAGAUAGAAAACAUUUAUGUGAAUUGUUAACUUCAAAGAUAAUUCAUGACUUUUUGCAGUUUUGAAAUGAGGUAGAAGUUCUUGAUGCUCAAACUCAAAAAUAGUUUCUAAUUCUUCUGAACAAAUUCAAAAGGAAUGAAUAUCUUUUCUCCAAACCCUUUAUAGCGGCACCCAAGAGAUUCCAAUAAGGCUGGAAAGGAAAAUCUAUCAGAUCAGAUGCUAAGAAACCACAUAUUUCCCCAAUGCACUAAAAAUGUAUCUGGCAACUUGAUACAGGAUUAAAUAAAUGCAGCUUAUAUAACUGUAAUAUAGACAAUAUAUAAAUAUGCAUCCAUGUAGUUUAUGAUUUUUAUCUAGAUUUUUAAUGAAAAAAAAUUCUGCACUGAGAAACAAAUCUAUGCAUUUAACGAGUAUUAGAAAAACAAAAUCCUUGGAACAGAAGUAAGUGAUGUGCCAGAUUGAGAGAAAAGAAAGUUCAGUCCUGAACCUCUGAGUCAUUCAAAUUCCAGUCUCAGAACUGUUUAGGAAUGUUUGGGACACCCAGCUCAGAAUACCUCCAGUUUUAAACAUGUUAGUUUAUUUCAUGAUGAAGCCUAAUAUAGUAACAUAGCUGUUUCUGCAGCAACAUAGUUAAACAGGCUGCGAAGAAAAUGAGAAUUGUGGUUCUACAUGGGUGUGGGCUCUCCUUCAAUUUUUUUCUGGAGUUGACAGAUGAAAAGUAUAUACACAAAUAGUUAAUCUGAGACAGAAAAAAGACAGCUGAAUUCUCAGUUGACAAUGCCCUCUGCAAUAGAGAAUUUCAAAUUCUCCAAUUUUCUGUAAACUCAAAUUACAAUGGAUAUUACAAGAUUCUAUCAGGGUAGCUCCAAUAAUCCCAGAGUCUAGCUUUGACGAGCCCACUGUUGAGGUAUUAAUUGGGGUUUAGGAGAAAGUAUGUUAUGGUCAUUCCACCCCAAAUUUGCUUUGAAUGUCAAGACUGAUGACCCCACAUGAAGUCUGAGAAGGUCUGAAAAGGUCUAUUGCUCACAUAUUGAGAGUUGCUUCUGAGGGACACAGGGCAAGCUCCCAAGCUGAUCUAAAAAUGGCUGGAGAGAGAGGAAAGAUACCGGUUUGGCUUUUACUGUGAUCAGGGAGUGGGGCUGAGGUGAGGAUUCACACCUGUGGGCUAGACUUACAUGGUCUGAACUUCAUGCCAGUACCAAAGGGAGCCCUGGGCUUUUAUCAGCUGUUGCAAAGGUGGAGUGGGAGUGAAAGGUGGGCGUGCACGUUUUUGACUGUCAAACAUCAAAAUUGGAAUCAGACUCUUUAUUACCGGUCAUCCUUAAGUUUGACUGCUGAUAAAAAACGUCAUAUUUCAUUUAAUUAAUAUUUAUCUUUCUUGAGUAUGCUUGAGUAAGAGAACUCUAUGAGGCUUGUAGCCUGAGACAGACAGGGGUGGGGAAAGUUCCAUUGAACACCUUGUUCAAGAGCUCAACAUUGUAUAUUUUUAGAACUGAAAUGGUCACCCUUAACAUCUGGCAUCUCAACGUGGAUAAAGUGAGGCCUGUAUUAUAGCUUUAAUAUGUCACCUUGAUUUAUAUUUUGGGUAUUUGUGAGGCAAGAGACUCCCAUAGUUAUUUUCCCCAAGGAUGGAAAACUUGGAUAAAUAAUUGCUGUGGUUACCAUUGGUGUAACUAGGUGGCUGGAACACUGCAAUGGCCUGAGAGUCUGUAAACAAACACUAAUGCAGGCAGUUGUUGGGCAGAGUAAAGCUGUUGACUGCAUGAAAUCCAGCUAAUUUUGCUGAUCCUUGAAGCCCAUCCUUUGUCAAGGAUGUCUGGAUUAGGGAAUUCAAAGUAGCAGCUCUCCAGAAAGCUCUAUAACAUGCAGUUUUGUCCAUAAAGUGUACAAACUCCUACUCCUUUGCACUCACUGGACUCCAAGGAGUCAAAUGCCAAGGGCACAAGAGAGACGUUAACUCUCAACUGGCCAGGGUCUGAGGUUAGAGGAGGCCACCCUUUCCCACAGGUGGGAUACUCCAGGGGACCCCAACUUAGGUCCAGCCUGCAGUUAACACUUCUGCUUAGCAAGGAGGUCUUGAUGACUGAGCUGAGUUCAUAGAAGGCUGCCUCCCUGCCCCACAGAAAGGUAUGGAGCUGCAGAGGCUCAGGGACCGUAGGAGUGGAUAUGUGUUUCCAGGGGACCAAUAGGCAGUCUCCAGUAACCACUCUAGUGGUAUAUACGGUAUGAGGCUCAGGAGGCAGUUUCUCAUACCAGAAAUCCACGAGCAGCUUACAGUCAUCACGGGUGGUGCAGAGGUUUCAGGAGCUGUGAGAGGCCUUUGCUCCAGUUUCUGCAGUGAAUGGCUCUCUGGGGGCAGGGAAUGGGAACACUAAGGGGGGACUCUCAGACAUUCCAGAGUCCUUUGUUGGAGGGGAGCCCCAAUUCAAGAUGGGACAAAUUGUGAAUAACAGCAUAAAAAAGCUUAAUAAAACUUGUAAAUGAAGAAUAUGUUGCCCCCAGAUUCCCCAAAGGCCUAAAAGAUACUGGGCUUGUUUAACGUUGUGAGUGCAGAGAAGGUCAACUGCUUCUUCUUGACAGAGAUGCCAGGGUCUUCGGGUUACCAAAUACUUUCAGAAAUUUCACCAGGGUUGUAGGGCUUUGUACUAAAUGCAGGAAAUUCCCUCUCACCCCAACCACCCCCUUGUUUGAGCUCCCCUCCUCUCCCAUGUGGCUCAGAUGGUAAAGAAUCUGCCCGGGUUAGGAAGAUCCCUUGGAGAAGGGAAUGGCAACCCACUCCAGUAUCCUUGCCUGGAGAAUUCCAAGGACAGAGGAGCCUGGCGGGUUACAGUCCAUGGGGUUGCAAAGAGUUGGACAUGACUGAGCGAUUAACACUCUUACUUUAUUCUCCCUCAUCUUCUCUCUCUCUCUUUUUUUUUUCUUUCAGUUUUAUCUUCCUACCUAGAAAGAGUUUUAUUGUAUUUCAUUCAACUUAAAGUAUUCACAUCAAAGUCACCUAGGAAAAUUUUUUAAUGCAUUAAAAAAUAAAAUAAACAUUUGUGUGUGUGUGUCUGUGUAUGAAGGAGGUAGAGCAGAUGGAAAAAAAUUCUAGUCUCAUAGGGUCCCUGGGAGAGAAAGUUUCGGAAAAUAACACCCCAUCCACUCUCUCUGGAGAAUAACUUCAUCUCUCAUACAAGAAACUAUUUCUAUAACCCAUGGAAGUAAUCACACAGAGCUCUGGGUCAACAGAUUUUCCAAAAGUCAGGAUGUGUCAGUACACACCCCAGAGAGAUUUUCUCUCACAAUGAAGUAAGUGUUGAGGAAAAAAAAAAAAAAUUCUGCAAUCACUCUUCAAGACAACAUCAUAAAUAUGAUAUUUUCAUUUCACAGUAUUGGCCACGCUGAUAAAGUAAUUAAAUAUUUAGCCAUAUAUUGAUUCUUCAGGGCAAAAGGAAGUAAGGCUGUGAGGAAGAAUCUGUGCUAUGCCCCUCGCUUAGUUUCUGGUGGUUUGCUGACAAUUUCUGAUGCUCUUUGGCCUAUAGAAACAUCACCCCAGUCUUUGCCUUCAUGCUCACACUGCAUUCACCAUGUACGCAUAUCCGUGUCCAACAGCUCCUUCUGAGAAGGACACCAGUCAUUAGGAUUUGGGCUCACUCCAAUGACCUCACCUGAUCACCUCUUUAAAGAUUCUCCAAAUAAAGUCACUUUCUGAGGGAUUAUGAGUUAGAACUUCAACAUGUGUAUUUGGAGAGAAACAUACUCUAGCUGUAACAGAGACAGCUCUAAAGCAGACGAAGGAAACACCCAGAAUUUCAUCUCAGUGAACUUGUUCUAGAAUCUUAAUUAAAGAGAGAGGCUCAAGUUAACAAUUUUCAACCAUGGCUGCACGUUAGAAUUAUCUGAGAAGCCUUCAAAAUAUACCCAUUCCUGGGUCCUCCUUCUGUAUAUUCUGAUUUAAAUGUUGCUGAGUGGAGAUCUGGCAGUAUUUUCAAAAAAUUUCCUAAGAGUAUAAUAUACAGCUGCAUUUAGAGCAACUGUUUUGGGAUGCUAAAGCUCGAAGCAGGAAGACCAAUUUGAAGGCUGUUUUGUUACUCAAGGAAAGAUAACAACGCUCUGAAACAUGGCAUCAGCACUGGAAAAGAGGAAGAAAUAGAUGUUUUGUAGAAACAGGAAGUAAAUCAGCAGGACUUGAUGAAUCAUUGAAUUGGAGGGAUCAAACCAAUCCAUCCUAAAGGGAAUCAGUCCUGGAUAGUCGUUGGAAGGACUGAUGCAGAAGCUGAAACUCCAAUACUUUGGCCACUUGAUGCCAAGAGCUGACUAAUGAGAAAAGACCCUGAUGCUGAGAAAGAUUGAGGGCAGGAGAAGGGGGUGACAGAGGAUGAGAUGGUUGGAUGGCAUCACCGACUCAAUGGACAUGAGUUUGAGCAAGCUUCAGAAGUUGGUGAUGGAAAACUGGCGUGCUGCAGUCCAUGGGGUCUCAAAGAGUCGGACACGACUGAGUGACUGAAUUGAACUGAACUGAACUGGAGGGGACGGGUGCAGUAAGGAAGAACAAGAGAUGACAUGUAAGUUUCCAUCAGGUGUAUGCUGG